UCUGUCAUCUUUUUUCAAACAGUCAUAUCUGCCACAAAACGUCAAAUUCUUAAUCUCUUGGCCGUAGACGAGUUUUACAUUAAAUUUUAUGUUUUUCUUUGGCAUUUCUUUUACAAAUGAAAAUUUUAGAAAAGGCCUUAUAAAAAUAGUGAGAUUAGUGUUCCAAAUUAAAGUGGAAGAAUUAAAUAAAGGCAACAUUAAAUAAAUACAAGCAAUUUAGUGGCACCGGACAGAGCAAAUUUUUGGGGUUACGGAACGAGAAAAAAUCAACAAACUUCGACAAGAAAAAGGGUGUUGUUGUGCUGCUGAGUCUAAAAGUCAAUACCAGUGAAUAAAAGAUAAGCUCGACAUAAACAUCAGCACCAAUUAGCUCAACUUAUCUAACUUCAUUCAUUGCCUGCAAGCCUGUUUGACUGGUAAAGAGAAGCCAUAAUGGAUCCCGGCUGGAUACUUCAUGAUGAUAUGAAUUUAUACAUCACACCAGAACGUUUCAUUGUGGAACCAAAUGGAAAAACUGAACUUUUAAUAAUCGAUCGUACUUCAAGUACUGUUAAAGUGCAAUCCCUAUCGAAUCAACUAGCAAAUCUCUCACCCAAACGACGUAUAUGUGGUAUACUCGGUACAAUACAUCUCAUCGGCGGCGAUUAUUUGAUUGUGGCAACACAUCGUCUCUAUGUCGGCAUGAUCGAUGGUGGGGUAAUAUGGCGAUUAGCUGGCUACGACCUAAUUCCUUACAUUCCAACAACUACGCAUUUAACACCCAAACAACGAGAACAUAACGAAACCUAUUUGCAAAUGUUGCGAAAAACCUUAGAUACCAAUCAUUUCUAUUUCUCGUAUAAUUUUGAUAUAACCCAUACGCAACAACGACUACACACAAUGGCCAUAGAGGAGAGGCAACAAUGUCUGUACGAACGGGCCGACAAACGUUUCGUAUGGAACGGUGCAUUGUUGAGCAAUUUCAAUUGCAAUGAAAUGCGUAAUUUUCAAUUGCCUUUGAUAUUAGGAUUUGUUAGCAUUAAUCAAGUCCAAAUUAAUGGCCAAACAUUCUUUUGGUCCAUUGUUUCGAGACGGUCUAUACACAAAGCGGGUACACGUUUCUAUAGUCGUGGAAUCAAUGAAUAUGGCCAUGUGGCAAAUUAUGUGGAAACGGAACAAAUUGUCGAGUAUAAUGGACAGAUUAUUGCCUUUGUUCAGACUCGUGGCAGUAUGCCAUUCUUUUGGCGCCAAUUGCCCAAUAUUCGUUACAAGCCACGUCCAGUUUUAGUGCCUGGAGAAGACCAUUUGGGUGCAUGCGAAAGACAUUUUGAAGAGCAGAUUGCAAAAUAUGGCAGACAAGUUCUGGUUAACUUGGUCGAUCAAAAAGCAGCAGAAGGCGCCCUUGAAAAUGCCUAUCGUAAAUUUGUACAACAACUGGGCAAUUCAGAUAUACACUAUGAAGCCUUUGAUUUUCAUGCUGAAUGUAAAAAAAUGCGCUGGGAUCGUUUGAACAUUUUAAUAGAUCGUUUGGCCCACAAACAAGAUGCUUUCUCGGUGUUUCAUGCCAGCGAUGACAAACAUGUAUUGUCCCUGCAACAGGGUGUCUUCCGUACAAAUUGUAUUGAUUGUUUAGAUCGUACAAAUGUUGUCCAGAGUAUGUUGGCACGACGUUCGCUGUGUGGUAUUCUCGAAAAAUUGGGCAUAUUGAGAGUGGGUCAGCGCAUUGAAUCGGCAUCGCCAGCAUUUGAAGUUAUAUUCAAGGGGGUGUGGGCCGAUAAUGCCGAUAUGAUAUCGCUGCAAUACUCAGGAACGGGAGCUUUGAAGACAGAUUUUACUCGUACCGGUAAACGCACCAAAGCUGGUUUAGUUCAAGACGGUGUCAAUUCGAUGACACGUUAUUAUCUUAAUAAUUUUGCCGAUGGUUUUAGACAGGAUGGAAUCGAUUUAUUCCUUGGACGUUAUGUUGUCAACGAAUCUUUGCCCUCACCUUUGGAGGUGAAACACUCCUGGCAUUAUACAGCUUUCCCUGCCAUAUUGAUUUUCUCAAUGGCUAUGCUAUUCCUUACCGCAUUAGUGCCACCAGAAUUCAAUACAGAAAAUCUGCUAUUCAUGCUAUUCUGGGGUGCCUUAAUUGGUGUCAGUAUUAGUGGUAUCUUUCACUAUAAUCUAGAGUUUGUUGAUUGGCCGAGGCUUUUUCCGCCCAUUAGAUUUCAAGUCUAACAGUAGAUUUAGAAUUGGCAGUACUGCAGAUUAUUCAAGUUCACAUGAUAUCUUUCGUGUAUAACAACAAACAACUGCUGUCCAGAUGAUGUAUACCUUCUCAGCAUCAUAUUCUCUCUCUUCGUCAGGAUAUUCGUUUCUCAACAACAAGACGCAUCGAAGAAGAACUAUGAAUUCUAUUAUUCUUAUGGUUUUUUUUUGUGUAAUGCAAGUCAAACACGCCCAAAUGAUGCUGUUUAUAUAGAUAAUAAUAUAAGACAAAGCUUAACCCAAUUUAACAUAACACUAAAUCACAACUAUAUGUUUAUAUAAAUAUAAUUUGUAAAUGUAAAUUGUUUUCCGAUAUCUUCCUAUUAUUAUUAUUCUACGAUUUAUGUUUAAAUCAUAUUUAUAAUGUGAAUACUUUUCUUUCCCUCUUCCUUGUAUCCACAUAUAUAUUUUAUUAAAUCUGUACAAAUCGGUGUAUUUUUAGUUUAUUAAAAAAAUAUCAGAAAAAUAAUUCAAUUCUGUUUUCUAUCGUGAUUCCAUACACCCUAGUAAUACUAAAGUUAUUGUAGACUAGCGAGCUUUAAUUUCAUUUGAAAUUUUAGUAAAAUUUAUGCUUGCGCUCAUCAGCCAGUAUGAAGACGACUGGUGGUCUACGGGAGCUUUUCUCUCAAAAAAAUUAAUACUAAGCACUGGCGUAGAAAAUAAAAAACGAGUUAUAUUUGAAUAAAUAAUGAAAUUCUACAAACUUGAAAAAAAA